CCAUCAUUCCCUACACGCUCCACCUUCCAAAACUCCCUCUCCUUUCACACACUCUCUCUCUCAAUCAAUCUCUCCCGAAUUACACAGUUCCCACAGUCCACCGACCAAAUGGCUCGACUCCUCACUCAAGCUCUCCAUCUCCGCCACUCCCUCCUGCGCCGCCCUCUCCUCCCUCCCUAUCUCACCCAGGCCCACCGCGCUGGCUCCUUCCGAUCCGGCAAGGCCGAGUUAAUCGAGAUCGAAGUCGAGCCCUCCCCCUCGUCGUCGCCAAGUGAUUCAGAGAAAUUAAUGCUGAAGAAGCUGGACGACAUCGUUCAGACUAUCGUCGUCCAGAGGGCCACCCCCGAUUGGCUCCCCUUCGUUCCCGGCUCCUCGUUCUGGGUCCCACCUCGACACGCUCCGUUGAAAGUGGCCGACUUGAUUGGCAAAUUGGCUAACCAGCUCACAUUUGAAGAAAUCCUCUCUGUUGCUACCGAUCGAGGAUGGCCUUGCUCCCAAUUUUUCAUCAAUGGCGGCAUUGGAACUGCAGAAACAAGGGAGGUGGAUACGGAGGCAGAAGGAUCAACACCAAUAGAGGUGGAGGUGGAGGUCAAGGUUUUGACUGAUUCCCAGAAGUCAUCUCGCUGCGAGGAUGAUUAAGGAUUUCUCAUCUCUCUAUCAGCCUGGUUGCUUGGGUUUAGCAGUAGCUAGGUUGGAAAUCUGUCAGACGGGUUUAUCUUUUACCUAUCUGAUUCAGAGUGUGCAAAAGUGAAGUGGCCAUGUUUUAGUUGUUCGGCAGCACCAUAUUGGGACACGAAUGGCCAGAGCGGGACAGAAUGGUGUGUAUGGGUUGGGGUGGUGGAGAAGGUGGUGGAGGAGAUAAUGAAGGGUCAUGUAAAAUUGGUGUUGUAAAAUGGAGAGAAUGGGGUAUAGAAGAUUCUUCUUCUCUUGUACAACUUAAGCAGCAUUAGUAUAAAUUCAUCUUUUAAAUGUUGAAGCAUAUAAACAUUUGUGAAAACUUUGGAUUUGGAUCACCAACUUAAAAGUUGGAUUACAUGUUCUUGAUUUCUUGUACUUUAAGAUGAAGAUGUCCAAGUUGGCUCAAACUAUAACCUAGAAAGAUACGUGUUAUUCACGUUCUUUAUGAGACAUCUGUAUCCAUGGAUCGAGUUUCUUUUUCUUAA